UAAUAGCUCUUCCCAAUAUUUUCUCCUUUUUAUUAUGACAACUCCUACAUGCUCUCCACUCUUAAAGUGAUCUAUUUCUCUUUACUCGUUAGCAAGCUGCAGAAUUUCUCUUUAGCACGAUCGAUUUAUUUAGCAAGCUCCAAAAUUUACGAAGUAGUAUUGGAUUUAUGAUAGUCUCUUCCCUCUGACAUGGACUUCGUUGAAAGUCUAUGUAGUCGUGUGCUUAUUUAUUACCCCUGAAAUCUGAAUCAGAAAACCCAUGAUCCCAUUGCUCAAUUUGUUUAGAUUACCAUCUGGGUAGGCUUAAUAGCACACCCUCUCGAAACCCAUUAGCUGGAUUCAUAAUAUCAUGAACAAUUAUUCACUUGGGUCUUCUGGGAGUCCCAAGUCCUUCCAUGUAUACCCAAGAGGCAGCGACUUUGAUUUAGAAUUAGGAACUAGACGUGCCCGAAAGCCUAAGAAUUCUCCCUUUCAUCCCAUCAAAAUGCUUAAACCGUUGGGAACUCGUCUUCAUUAUUACUGUAAGCUACACCCACUUUUGGUUUUCAUCAUCUCCUUGUCCCUUGGGGUCACAAUCCUCAUCAUUUUAUCUCUGUAUGAGAGCCACUACCGAAUGCUGGGUAGUAAUCAAAAAAUCGAUGUGGUUUUGGGUGAUUAUCCGUUGCCGGAUCUUCGGAAUCUUGUAAUGGUUGCUGGGCAUUCUGUAUAUACGAGUAGUAGCUGUGGGAAAGCUGAGAAAGAAGAUUCAUGGUUUUUGGAAUCUUAUCAGAAGAAUCCAGGUCAAGCUUCUACGUUUGUGAGACAUAUUCAAGAGGGAGUUGAAAUUGCUGCCAAAGAUGAUGCAGCUUUGCUUUUGUUUAGUGGUGGGGAGACUCGAAAAGAUGCUGGUCCUCGUAGUGAGGCACAGAGUUAUUGGAGCGUUGCUGAGUCGAGAGGAUGGUUUGGCAAGAAAGAAAAUAUGAGAUGGAGGGCACUCACGGAAGAGCAUGCAAGGGAUAGCUUUGAGAAUCUCCUCUUUAGUGUGUGUCGUUUUCGAGAGCUUACUGGCACGUAUCCUUAUAACAUAACUGUUGUAAGUUAUGAUUUCAAGGAAGAGAGAUUUGCGCAUUUGCAUCGGUCUGCAAUUGGGUUUCCAGAGUCGAGGUUUUUCUACUUAGGCACCCCAGCUUCACUCACUUCAAAAGAAGCAGCUCUGAAAGGUGAGGCAUUGGUACGGACUCAAUUCCAUGGAGAUCCAUAUGGGUGCCAAGGUUCACUCUUUCGGAAAAAAUUAAAGCGUGAUCCUUUUCACCGGUCAAUUCCUUAUCCUAAUGGGUGCCCUGAGAUUGAAGGUCUGUUCAAAUAUUGUGGAACAGCUCCUUAUCCAGGCUACCUUCCUUGGUCCCAGUGAAACUUGUUAGAGGAGUUUUUACACAUACAACAAAUAUUAGUUAAAUCCACCAAUACAACCAGAAAGAGCUGCUUAACCUGAGAAUAUUUUAGUUUUUUUCUUAAUUAACUGUUCCAAUCAAUUUUUAGAGAAAUGAUGAAAAGAAAAGAGAAUAUGUUGGGAAGAUUAGAGAGAAAUUUAUCUCACCGUCAGAUGAUGGGAAAUUUGCAUCUGAUUAUUCUUAAACCAGGGUGAUGCCUAAGUGCCAAAGAUUAUUCGUAAUGCUAUAGGGUUGCAAAAGGGCCUUUGAUUACAUUGUUACACAGGUAUUUGGGUAGCUACCCUGUGUUCCUCAGGAAAGGGCAGGUUGCAGCCUCCUCUACGGAGGAACCAUCCAAGCUAGCACCUUGCAUGAGACCUCCUAGCAGUUCUCCACGGUCAAAGAAGAACUCGACCUUCACAAUUAUCUCCUGUUCGUCCAACUGUUUCAAAGAAGAGAAUAUUUGCUAUAUGAUUCUGAUGAAGAAGAAGAAGAAGAUGAUUAUUAUAACAAAGAACCACAACGACAAUACCUCAAAAACGGCCAUCCCAAAGAGUUCAACCAUUUCUCCUGUUGGUUCAUGGCCUUUGAAAGCCCCCUCCAUAAAACCCCAAUGCCUGAACUUGUAAACAAUCACUGGUGGCCCUGAAUAAACUCUCAGAACCUCCAGAGCAAACCCACGCGGGAAAGCUGUAACGAAAGCCCUAUGAGCUGAAUCAAUUGUUUCUUCUGCUGGGUUGUAGCCACGGAGCUUCUCUGGCAAAGAGGUUUGUAGCAAGAAAUUGUAGCCUCCCCCAAUCUUGCGCUUUUCUUCCAACGUUACAGCUUUCCUUCCUACAGGUUUUGAGCCAUUUGUAAUACAUGACUAAAGAUAUUUGGAAUUUGGAAUGAUUAUGACAAUAAUUCAAUGAUAUAAAUAAGGAGCUUGGGGUUACCAUUAA